GAAGAAGAAGAGGAGGAGGAGGAGGAGGAGGAGGAGGAGGAAGAGGAGCAGCUGAGAAGAAAGAGGCACUGAAAUGGUGUAAUAAAUUUUCCCUUGCGUUAAGAAGCUCGAGAGCAAGUAAACAUGGAUUAUUUUUUUUUUUCCCUCUUUUUUUUUUCUGCGUGUAUUAUGUGUGUAGGCAAGGUUCACGGGUCCAUGGGUCAACACACCCCGUCGCCUUUGGAACGUCUACACACAUCAAGCGGUAAGAUGGCAAAUGUGUGCAAUGAGAGCAUAUUUUGGCCGAUUUUUGGUCGUUUCCAACUUUUUCACUUUUUUCCAAUCCAGGGCGCUCUAGACCAAGGGUUUUAUUGGAUUUGACUUGGAAAAAAAUCUUGUGGCUGAAAACCAGUCGAACCUCUCUAAAAUCAACCAAACAUAUCGAUCCCCUCUGAAGUAGGAGGCCUAAAAAGGAAAUUACAUUUCCGACCUCCUUAACUGGAAGAGAGGGCUGGGUCGAGCCUAGGAGACCCCAUAGUAGAGGGGGAGAUUUUGUCCCAGCCCCUCGUCAGCAAGAAUUGCACAGACGAGGUGGCUGGGUUCAGAGCUUCUGGUGGCAAAAGUUGAAGUGGUGGCAAACAGAGGAUGGCAAACAGAGGAUGGCAAAGAUGGAAAGAGGAGCGUGGGAGCGGUGGCGAGCAAUGAAGGAAAGUCGAAGGCGUGAGACCGAUGGCGAAG